CCGCGGCUGAUCCCCCAGCCACAUGUUUGAUUGAUGGUCAUGUUAACGUUCAUUGCUUCCCUACUCAUCGCUUUUUCAGGCUCUGAGGCUAGGGAGUCUGUCUAAAUUACUAACUUGGCGCUAUAUCGUCGACAAUAUGUCCUUUCCAAACGACCGGAGAAGCCGGGGUAGCACUGGAAGGAGCACACUUGGGUACUGGGUGCCGCUGGUGGUGACUGUGACUGUCGCGACAUUCGGAGUAGCCGCCUGGAUAUGGAGUGAGCGACAGGAUGGUGACGAUGACAAGGAUUAUGACUCGAGUGAUCCUCCGUCCGGCUCCCGCCCGCCUCCGGGAUACGCAGACCUUGGCCGUGGAGAGACUUCUUUUGGGGAGGGCGCCGAAGCGCCACCCGUAGAGGAUGAAGGCGUGCUUGCGCGAAUGUCAGGGGCUCUGCGACGGACUCCAAGCCCUCAACAAAUCUAUGACGGCGCAAAGGGGAGAUUUGCCGCCGGAAUGGCCGCCGUUGGGGGCGCGUUGUCUUCGAUCCGCGAGGAAGAAAGGGAUGAUUUUGGAGAUCACUCGCGUUGGUCCGAGGAGGUCCGACGCGACGAUGUGGCAGCUCAAUCUGCUCAGAGCGCUGGGGCUGUAAAUACGAACAUGGAGGCAUUCAACUCUUCCGCUCAAACGGCUCCCACCCAAGCUCAGGGUCGUCCAGGUGUUCUGAAGCGCAAGACUGUGGCGGUUGUCGUAUCAGCUGAGACGAAUCACGAUCCCGCUGAACAAGAAGAUAAUCGAUAUUACAUGGAGCAUGCGUCAAUCCUUUCUCAUUUGCCUGAGCAUGUUGAUAACGAUACUAUGCGGGUUUUUGUUUUGGUCUACGCACCGGAUGUAAAGCAGCUGGGAGCAGAGUCUUCGGCUAGAACAGCCGGCUCAGUCACUUCAUCUUAUUCAAACAUCGGCCAGGAAGAUCUCCAAACUCCAGCAGAAGAACUCGAAAAGCCACUGAUUCCAGUAGAGCCCCGCCCAUUGUCUUCUUCGUCGGCGGGCCCAGAAGCGUCCCGUGCACCGGCUCCAUUGGAGUCUUCCAGUCCUGCACUUCAAGCAAUCUAUACACAAGCUCGUGCAUUGGUGGAGAAUGACGCUAUGAUUCUACCCUUUUCUACAAGGACGGGCUACGUUCAUUUGCUGCGUCACCUCGCACCAGAAGUGGUCUAUAUACAGGAGUCUCUGUCCGGGGACAAGGGCGAGGCUGUCACAUCCAUGUCUGGAUGGGUCGGCCAGAUAAUUGUUGUGCUAGGCGAUGAAGGUGGGCAUGGCGGCUUAGUGGACAGUGAAGAUGAAACAAAUGCCUCGCAGAAGGAAGACAAUUGGUGGGAAGAUAGUGACAAGGUUGGAUUCGGCAAAGGAAUAGAUGUUGUGGACGGUCUACGGGUUGGAGAAGAUUGGGCGCGCCGUGUUGGAGCUCAUGAAUGAUGCAACAUGUGUUCGGGGUGAUUUUACGUGUUUUAUUAGUAUACCAUUUGCUGUUAUCCUUCGGCAACGGCGAAACCUUGAUAUGAGUUGACGCAUUUGUUUCGCCAUGAAGCGGCAUUAUGUAUAUGGAAGUCUUUGGAGGCAAAGCAUUCGAUAUUUAUUUGCUGGACAAAUAGAAUGAACUGCAUCCAACUCCAGGA